AUGUAUAUUAGAGAUUUUAUUGAUUUAUGGAUUUAUUUAUCAAUUUCUUUAAUAAUAUGCAAAUCUGAGGAUAAAUUUGGUAUAGAAAUACCAAAUAUACACAGCCUUCAAGAGGCAUUUGAAACAUUUGAACAUGUUCCCAAACCGGAAAAUAUCACAGAACUUGGAACUGAUUUAUUAAGAACCGCUGCCGAACAUGCGGGUGAAGUGAAGAGUAUAACGGGGAAAUGUAUUCCUGAUUUUUCGGAGCCUUGUCCAGAGGGUUGGGAGGUAAUUUUUACGUGAUCUACACAGAUGAUUAG